AUGGCGCAGUCUAUAGACUUCAAUGCGCUUAAGGCGCGGACGAUGGGCUCCAGCAACGAUGAAGAAGCUGUGACCGUCGAUACCCGUGGCUUGAUUUCUAAGGUGCUGUCACGCUAUUCAGGAAAAUGGACCGUCCUCCGCGAGAUGAUCCAGAAUGCAGCUGAUGCUUCCGCUACUCGAGUGACUGUAAAGUUCGAAACGUUACCAUCGACAACAGUGCCUAUACCAGCCGCAGCAGACCAAACUACUAUGCUCAAGCAUGUAAUCUCUCACCAUACUCUUCGUCGGCUCUUGAUAUCGAACAACGGGAAUUCGUUCAACGAAAAGGAUUGGGCCCGGCUGAAACGGAUUGCAGACGGCAACCCCGAUGAGACCAAAAUCGGCGCAUUUGGUGUUGGAUUUUAUAGCGUCUUCGAUGACUGCGAGGAACCAUUUGUCUCUUCCGGCAGCGAAGCUAUGGCAUUUUACUGGAAGGGAAAUUCACUAUUCACGCGGCGACUCAAGCUAGGGGAAGCCGAAAGCUCUCCGGAUACUACGUUUGUGCUUGACUAUCGAAACAACUCGUCUCCGGUACCUGCAUUGAUGGAAUUGGCAAAAUUUCUUGCCACCAGUUUGACCUUCGUCGGCUUACAGGGCAUCGACUUAUGGCUGGACGGUUGGAAUUUGCUGAGACUGACGAAGAAGACUGCGCCAAGUGAGAAAGUUUCUCUGCCUCGGGAUAUUGAGACAAGGACACCCGAAGGCCUCAUGAAAAUAACUAGUGUGAUGAGAGAAGUUGCUCAAGUUGAUGCUGCGUGGAUGAAAGGAAUUGAAUGGAGUCCACAAACGACUCUCUCGGCUAGUUUGGAGGGUAUUCGAGACACCACAAGUACCCUCCGGUCAUUCUUCUCCAAGUUCACUGGAUCUACAAAUACUUCGUCGGAUAAACAAAACACGGAGACUUCCGAAAAUCAAGAAGAAGGGGACUUGACUGUCAUCCACAACGCCUCUGUAUUUUUGCAUAUCAAUACCGCGUCCAUCCAAACGUCUGUAAGCAGCUCCCUUUCUAGUGAAUUAGAGCGAGCAACUCGAAAACCUCCACCAAAACGUACAUCUAUCGCAGUACUCACGCCUUCGUACUCGGCGAAUGCGUCUUCGAAGCGAUCAGAAGUCCUCUCCUCGGUGCUUCCGUCAAAAUCAGGAAGGGUCUUCAUAGGAUUUCCUACACAUCAGACAACAGGUCUUAAUGCUCAUAUUUCGGCACCAUCGGUCAUCCCUACCGUUGAAAGAGAAAGCAUUGACCUCAAUACUCGAUACAUCAGUGUGUGGAAUCUCGAAAUGCUUCGCGCAGCAGGCAUUGUGUGUAGGAUUGCAUGGACAGCUGAUAUGUCAUCAAUAAAACUUAGGGUUGUUCCGCAAGGAGGCUCAAAAAUUCGAAAAACAGACGUCGCGAGUUUUAUUCCUGAAGCAGUGCAUACUGCUAACCAAUUCGUGUUCCGAGAAUCUACACCGUCUGCAACGCUGGGACAGACAUUGGAAGAUUCUUUCUGGAUGUGCAACAAAAAUGCGUACAUCGAGAUUUUGUCUACACGUGGUGUUUUGCCUACUCAUCAAGUUCGUAUAGCACCAAAGGAACUCAGUUUUAUGGAUGGCAUUCCGUCUCUUCCCGAUGAACUAGUUGAGAACUCAAAAGAAUUCGUCAAGAAGCUCACAGACUUUGGUCUUGUUACUGAAGUGACAGUGUCAGAUAUCAAACGAGAACUCGAAAACAGUGCCUUGACUUCAGCACAACUCAAAGAGUUUCUGGCUUGGAUUUGCAAGCGUGCAGUAUCUGAGGAAUUUGAUAAGAGAACAACCCUCUCGUUGUUGAAGUCGGCUAUUGCCAAUGAAGAACCUUCUGAUGGACACCCAGGCGGUGUGCUGGCUUUGGAAGGGAUUGACAGCUACUUGAAUCCGUCUAGAAUACCAGCUGAUUUGCCUGUCCCGCCAUCAGUGAUGCCUUUCAAGUAUACUAGGCUCUUAGAUAAACGAGCGCUAGAGGCUCUUGGCUGGGUCGAAUUGCAAAUAGUGCCCUGGCUAAGAUGGCUUCUGGACAAUUCUGGAAACAGAAAUGUCCUCUCGGCGGACAAGGAUUUAACACAGAACCCGCAGUUUGCUGCACAGGUCUUGCCAGUACUGUCUAAACACUGGGACACACUCAGUCAACAAACGGUGAUCAAUAUCUUGCAGCCAAAAACAAUAAUUCCCGUCAAGAAUGGCAUGAAACGACCGGAAGAAGCAUAUUUUCCAACUGUUCGGUUGUUUGAUGACUUGCCAGUUGUUUUUGGCCUUCAAGGGGUGAAAGAAAAGUUUCUUGUUGCGCUUGGUGUCCGCAAAACGGUAGAGCUUGGUGUCAUCUUUGAGCGACUACUCAAUAAGGACGAGUCUACUGAGAAAGAUGGAACCAUAAAGCAUAAAUGGAGUCAUGUCGACUUGAUCAAAUAUCUUGCGUCUGUGCGCGACGACAUCCCAGCCAAGGAUAUAGACAGACUCAGGGACAAGAACAUCUGUACUGCCGAAAACGCUGAAAGUGGGACCUCUGGACGAGCACGAUACAAGAUUUCCGAGCUUUUUGAGCCUAAAGAAUCACAUCGAAAGUUGGGUCUCCCUGUCAUAGAGUGGGUUGGAAAAUACUCUUCUCAUAGCAAAGAAGGGCAAUUUCUAUCAACACUCGGUUUAAGGAGUCAUCCUUCUGCUAUCGAAGUCGUCGAAAUCAUGGCCAAAGCAGCUGCAGGCGGCGACAGUGCACUUCAGGCCAAGUCGAUGUCUUACUUUAUCACUGAAUAUCACACCAACAAGUACACUGCUCUCAACAUGUCCAAGGUCACACUCUGCUUUCUUCCCGUUGAUGGACUUAACAAAUUGAGUGCGCCCAAAGACUGUUUCACUCACGAAGGUGCUUCCUUAUUUGGGCUCGAUAUUCUGAGACGCGACCUCCAUCCGCACGCGGCUAUGUUUGGUGUACAAGAGCAUCCUCCAAUUGUUGAUUGUGUGCAAUACAUUAUUCGCAAUCCUCCGAAAACAGUAAACGAGGCCAAAAGUAUAUUUGCUUACAUGGCUAUAAGAAUCCCAGAAUUGAAGUCAGCGGACAAAAAUCGACUUGAAGCAGCGCCGAUCGUCCCGAUCUCUGCAGAUCAAACCACCGAGAAGAAAGCCACCAUGAGCUACAUAUCGCCUAAGAACUGUUAUAUUGGCGACGGAGAAGACUUCCGGGACAUUUUUGAUUUCGUAAAUUUUGGGCAGAUGGGGAAUCUCUUCCUGCAAGCAGUUGGAUCGAAGCAGGAACCUACUAAAAUUGAAGUGGCUCGCAUGCUAGUCAAAGAACCGGCACGGAUUUCUUCUAAAUUCCAAAGCCCAGAAAAGUACUUGAAGUUGCUAAGGAGCUUGGCGGAAAGCUUUUCCACUCUGAAGCGUCAAAAAGAUCUUAUCCGUGAGAUGAUGAAUUCCCCGUUUUUGUUGGCAAGCAAAGAACUACCUUCGCAGCCUUCUACUGCGGCACAGUCAAAAGAACAUUUGGACGAAGCGGAUGAUACGUUUGAAGAGGAUGAACAAUCUAUCAAGGAAUGGCGAUUGGCUGCCGCAAAAGAUGCCGUUAUCGUUGACGACUACCAAAGCUUUACCCUUUUUAAAGAGCAUAUUCUUGCUGCUCCUCAAGAAGAAAAUCUGGAGAAAUUCUAUGCGGCUUUGGGAACCCCGUUUUUGAGCUCCCUUAUAGAAGAGCGUGCCAACUGGGGAGCUAAGUCCUCAGACCAGAAAGCUGCAGCGAGGCUACAAAAGCUUAUUAAUGAGAGAACGAGGCUUUUUCUUCAUGAACAAAGUCCCGAUUCUAUCAAACACGAUACGAAAUGGCUUGAGAAACAUCUCGGCAUAGUGGUUGUUCAUUCUAUCUCCCUUCGGCGCUCUCUUAAAAACAGCGGGGCAUCUCACAAUCAGAAACGGAAUGCGAUCAUCACGCCUCAAGGAAGUGGCUAUACACUGUGGAUCACCCCUGGUAAAUACGAUUUGUAUGAAAUCAGUCAGGCCCUUGUGCAUAUACUCCUCUCUCGUCCUAAACUCCAUUCGAUUUUGACUCUGGAGAUGCUGUUGAAGACAGAUCUUUACGAUCUUCGGGCACGGGGCUACAAUGUUGAACGAAUACUUCGCAAGAGGCAGAUGGAAGCUCAGAUUGCAGAGGACCAGCGACAGAAACAGAUUGAAGUAGAAAAGAAACGCAUUCAGGAACGCGAAGCGGAAUGGCGCGAAGCUCAGGAGCGACAAACAGCUGAAGAGUCUAGUUCUGGACAUGCGAUGCCGGGACUGUUUCCGGAUUCUCCAUCAAACCCCAAACCUCGUGGCGAUGAUCAAGGGAUGCCCGAACAGGAACUGCAGCCGCGAAGUCUUUUCUCCAAUCUGACAAAGCGUUUUGGUCUCGACGACAACAAACAGCCACAGAAUCCUUUCCAGUCAAUCUUCUGGUCCCGAUCGACACAAGAAGAGGCCCCGAACAAAGUUAAUGAUUCGAAGGCGCCGCCACCUUAUUCGGAGAAUGAUCCGCGAAAAUCAACCAAAAAGCCUAGUGAACCCAAGAGUGUGACCUCCCCACAUCAACUACAGAAUAAUCUUUUGUCAGCAAUUUCAGCAUGUCGCCCACAUGGAGCUUCCGGUGUCUACAGUCGUCCGGCUACAGAUGAGGUAAAUGAAACCAAGUCGUACUGUGAUGAGCGACCCAGCCACGAUCUUGAAUUUGUUGCCACUCUUCCAUCCGGCAUCCACUUUCUCGAAGCGAAGUCGGUUCCAGACCGGUCUGCAUUUCUGUCUGAGAAUUCCACCGGCAUCAAUGCAUUUGCGAAACUUCUCGUGGAAUGUGCUAGCGUGUUUUCUCUCCGGCUAGAGAGUCUAAGCAUAUUCUAUGAUCCAGGUGGGAAGACAAUCGCAUUCAAUCGCGGCGGCAGCCUCUUCUGCAACUACCUCUACUUCAAACAACUACAUCAGGCUCGACUUUUGCAGGACCCUGUUAGCGGUAGAGCUGAUGCUCUUGUAUACUGGUGGGUUAUUUUAUGCCACGAACUGGCUCACAAUCUAGUAGAAGCACACAGCUCGGAUCACAGUUAUUAUACCGAAGGCUUUGUUGCCCAAUAUUUCCCCAAAGUUGCCGCGAAGUUGUUGGAAAGCCAGUCAUGA